AUGGCAAUUAAGCCUAGGUCUCAGCCCUCAAUUAAGAGCGUUUUAGCCAGAAAAGAAGCUAAGUGGAGAGUGGACAUGGCUGUUGCAAGGUUAUUUUAUGAUUCUUGCAUCCCAAUUAAUGUUAUUAAUUCAAUUUAUUUUCAACCUAUGGUGGAUGCUAUAACUGCAAUUGGUCCUGGGUAUAAAAUCCCAACAUAUCAUAAUUUGCAUGUAAAUUUAUUGAGAGAUGCUAGGAAAGAAGUGCAGUUACUUGUUGAUGGUUAUAAGAAAACUUGGGAGGAUGUUGGAUGUACUUUAAUGGCUGAUGGUUGGACAGAUAAUUCACAUAGGUUGCUGAUUAAUUUUCUAGUGUACUGUCCUAAAGGAUUGUGUUUUGUGAAAUCAGUGGAUGCUUCAGAUAUUGUAAAGGAUGCUACAAUAUUGUUUAGCUUGUUUGAGGAAAUAGCUUUAUGGGUCGGACCAAACAAUAUUGUCCAUCUUGUCACUAACAAUGGAGCAAAUUAUAAAGUUGUUAGAAGAAUGUUGUCAGAAAAAUAUAGCAGUACUACUUGGUCUCCUUGUGCAGCACAUUGCGUUAAUUUUAUGUUGAAAGACAUAGCUGAGAUGAGUCACAUAGUUAACCUUUUGGAACGUGCAUCUGAGCUUACAAAGUUUGUUUGGAUAGAAAUUAUACACCCAGGUGCAACCCGUUUUGCCACAACCUUCAUUGCAUUGAGCAGCCUACAUCAGCACAAACAUGACUUGGAAUCUACAGUGACAGAUAGAACUUUUGUGGAGUCUCGAUGUGCAAAAACUAAUAAAGACUCAUAUGAGAGGCCUUCAAUAGGAUAUGUGUAUGAUGGCAUGUAUAGAACGAGGAUGGGGAUCAAGAAGUUGUUUAAGAAUAGGAAAAUCUUGUACAAGCUUUAUACAACAAUUAUUAAGAUGCGUUGGGAUAGGAUGUUGCGCCGUGAUAUCCAUGCAGCAGCAUAUUAUUUGAAUCCUGCUUUUAAAUAUGACGAUGAUACUUUUUCCAAAAAACCUGAGGUCAUGUAUGGUUUCCUUGACACUAUUGACAAUAAAGCAAGUGCAUUCAAAAUUAGCAAGACAACGUUACUGGAAGAGAGUAGAUUAUAUCGAGACCGUCUAGAAAGCUUUUCUCGUGAGCUUGCUCUUCAAACUUGCAAAACUACACGGCCGGAUGAAUGGUGGACGACAUUUGGAUUUAGUGCUCCAAAUUUGCAAAAGAGUUGUUACAAGAAAAUUACUUAUAAUCCUGUUGAUUAUGAGAGUAUUGAUAAAACUGCAUGGUGGAUAGUUGAUGAGGAAGAGGAGGUUGGUGAGCUUAAUUAUGAUGAAUUGGAACAAUCAUUAUAUGGAGAAGGAGCUAUUCUUGUAGAUGGUGGUGAUCACCCUUCUUAUUAUGACUCAACAGAUGCUUCAGAAGAUGAUGUUGCCGAUGUUACUAAUGAUGACAAUCAUCUGUGA